UGGAAUGACAGGUUGCAAGAAGCAUUGUGCUUCAGAAGAGCUUGAUUGCUAUAUCCUGGAUAAUAGUGGCUUCGUUAUAAUCAGCGAAAGGCAUGAGCAUACUGGAAAAUUCUUUGGAGAAAUUGAUGGCACAAUAAUGGAUUCGUUAGUACAAGACCGAAUUUACAGUUGAGGUCGAAGUGCUCGAAUCUGCCGUGGGGAG